GGGAGUCGUGCGAGAGAGAGAAGGAAACAGCGGAGAUGUUUUUGUAGGUUGAGACUCGACAUCGCCGCCCCGCGAAAAGGAUCUCCUCCUCCUCCUCCUCCUCCUCCGCCCUUGUCGUCAAAAUCCUCUCUUUCUCAAGGUCAGACACCGAUCUCUAAUUAGGGCCUCCGAUUCGAUUGAGGAUCAAUUCGAUUUUGUUAUUAGCGUUAGGGUUAGGGUUAGGGUUAGGGUUUCAGCAUCGCGCGUUGCAUCCCCGAUUACGAUUAGGGUUUACGACGAUCGUCAUCUUAAAUUUAUUUUGAUUUUUAUUCCUUCAUUAAAUAUGCAAGACCUGUAUUUGCUCUCUUAAUCGGGGAUUUAGGGGUUUUCUCCUUUUGUUUUUCAUUUCGAAGCUUUUUUAUUUUUCUGGGUAGCUCUACUUUUAUCGAUAAGAGCAUGCGAGUUCAAAGAACCGAAGGUGUUGGGAGGGGGAGAGGGAGAGGGAAUGGUAGAAAUCGCUCUCCCGGCCCCUGCAGGGGUAAAGAUCAUCGAUCGUCGUAUCGUAAGAACCCUCCUUUGCCCCACCAUCCCUCCCGCCGCAGCCUCAGCGCCCAUGCUAACAGGCAGCGGGGCCCCCGCCGAAGCCCCAGCCCCCUGACCACCAGGCCCCGGCUGUCCCCGGCUCGUCGGAGCCCACCAAUUGAGCAGCAUGCAGAAAGGCUUUACACGAUGAGGCGUUCUGAACAACAUGAGAAUCGAGAUUGGCCCAACUCCUUUGGUGACGACAGCGAACACAUCAAUUUCCAGCACAAAUACAUGCUACCAGAGCAUCCUCCUGAUUCGGCUGAUGUGCAUUCUCUCCUGAAGCCUUCACGAACUGUCAAAGAUAAAGACUUGGCUGGUUCUUCCACUUCUGGUGUUGGCAACCAAGGAAUGCUGGUCCAGAGAUCUUUGCUUAUGGAUGAUGGGUCCCAGAGGACUUUCUACACGCUACCGCAGGACCUGGGGCAUCAUCCGUUUGAGUCUACUACUGCUUCUUUGAACCCAUCAUCUGCUAACGCGAGGAGCAUUGGAAGUGGUAGUAGCCUCACUGUUGGGAUGCCUCGUUAUGACCAGAGACUGGGAAAUCUUUAUCAUGAUAAAGAGAGGGAGAAGCUUUAUUCCAAAGAUGUUUCUUUCUCAGUGAUGCCUCCCUCGAGGCCUUUUAUUGGGACCUCCUCAUCUAGCUUUUCUAAGGACACUGAGUUGCCGCUAAAUGGCGACCGAGAUGGUGGUGUUGGCAACUUCUUAGAUGACCCUCUGGAAUAUGAUGGUUACAAACCAGUGCAGCUCUCUGAUCGUGCAAGGUGGGGCCCACUGAGCCCACGUGCCAAGGAAGAGACCCUGGACUAUGGUUAUGAGGAACCAACUCAGAGGGUGAGGCAUGAUCAUGGUUACCUUCCAUUGGAUGGCCCUUACAACAAGAAAGAGUAUGGCUUUAGGUCUGAGUUCAGGAGUUUAAAUGAUUCAUCUUUCCUGGAUCCUUCUGAUGGAAGAGCUGAUACUUAUCCUAAAAAAUUCAGCAAGGGCAGUUUUUGGGAACAACAACAUGCCGUUCAUGAAGAUGUGACAAUGGGUCUUCGUGAUCUGAAGGGGGUCCGCGAGGACUAUGUUGGCAGCUCUGGAGGUGGGUAUGCUGGAUUUGGACCAAAAGCCUCGCGAGACUACUGUCGUCCAACAUUCGAAGAGAGCUAUCGUUUUGGGAGAGAUGAUGGCUCACUGACUUAUAGAAAAAGGCCUAACAGUCCUCUGUUAGCAGACCGUCCGUUUGGUGUGAACCCCCCUAGAGAAAGAUCAAGAAUGGAUGUUGAUACUUUUGAUUUGUCACCCGAAAGAAUCUUAAGAAGAAAUCAUCUCAUGGUUAAUGAUAUGGAUGGACGAAAUGCUCAUAGAAGAAUGCAAUCACCCAGUGAUGGUGAUGAAAUGUGGACAAACGAAGCAUAUGAGCCCAUUGAAGAAAGCAGGCGGGUUUUACAUUCGAAAAAGCGAGUUGCUGGGCCUUCUGAUUAUAGACCGCUCUCUCGGAAACCAUCUAGAAAUGAUGGAUGGGGUGUACCAAGGGAUUCUCGUGGGCAUAUGGAUGGUGGUCAUGGGACUAACUUGAAGAAAAGGCUGAGGCCUGGUCCUUCAAACUCCCAUGGUUCAUUCACUGUGGAGAGAAAGCAAGAGUAUUUCAGGCCCCAUAAAAAUUGGAAGAGGGAUCAAGAAUAUAAGAACAUUAACCUCAAUGUUCGUGAUGAAGGUGUCCUGGUUGAUGCUGCUCACCCUAUGAAAUGUGAUCCUCAAGAAGAUUCUGAGGAGUUUAAAACACAAGUUCAUAAGGCCUUCCUACGCUUUUCUAAGCUGUUGAACGAGAGUCCGCACCAACAGAAAAGGUUUCGAGAUAACCAAGGGAAAUCCAGCAAAGUUCUGUGCUGCGUAUGUGGCAGCCUUUCGAAGGAGUUCUCCGAUGUACACAGCCUAUUGAUUCAUUCCUAUCAAACUCGCAAGGUAGGUUUAAGAACAGAACAUUUGGGCUUUCACAAAGCACUCUGUGUUCUUAAUGGAUGGAAUUGGCUUGGAAGCUGAUCUCCAAGGCCUAUAAACGAAGACCUCUCAGCAGGAAUUAAGGAAUUGAAGGAAGAUCUCAUUCUUUGGGCUCCAAUCAUCAUUGUACACAACAGCUCCGUAGGGAGCACGAGCAGAAGCAAUGAGCCAAAGGUUGUAACCAUUGAAUGCUUCGAAGAGAUACUCAAAGAGAUGGGAUUCGAUGCCGGGAAGGUUCGUGUCUGCAGAGGUAAACCAGCUAACCAGAGCGUGCUUGUAGUAAAGUUCUCGCCUACUCUUUCUGGGUUGCAAGAAGCAGAAAGGCUUCACAACUUUUAUGCUGAUAAGAAUCGGGGUAGGCAAGGAUUUGAGGAGCUCACUUCUAACCACGGCAACAGAGAAGCUCGAGUAGAAAAAGAUGAGGAGCUUUUAUAUGGAUACAUGGCGGUUGCUGAAGAUUUGGAUAAGCUCGAUCCAGAAACCAAGAAGAGAAGUUUAGUCAAGAGCAAAAAAGACAUCAAGGCCGUUGCAGACGCCCCCCUUAAAAUUGACUAGGCUGGAAGAAAGUAGGUACUUAGCCGCUUACCGGUCUAUUCUUGAGCUAAUUUGAACAGGAAAUAGGUACCUAGAUCCUAGCUGUGAGCUAUUUUGAGCGGAUGAUUAAUACAUUUUGUCGUUUGUUUUUCACUUUUUAUAAUUAUGUAGGAUAGUUGGUAAAAGUAAUGACCACGCUUUUGUAGUGAGGCCUCAUUCAUGUCCUACAUUUGGUUUUUCUCAUGUUACGAACUUAUUAGCUUC